AUGAGACAUAAUCCCCACAACAGCUCAGAGUUGCCAACUUUCACCCUGACAGGGCUCCCAGGGCUGGAGACCUUCCAACACUGGAUGUUUUUGCUCUUUGGUACCCUCUACAUUGUUCCCAUUGUGGUCAAUGCCCUUAUCCUUUUCAUUGUCAAGGAAGAGCAUAGCUUGCAUUAGCCUAUGUACUACUUCCUGUCCCUCUCAGUUAAUGAUCUAGGUGUGUCUUUCUCCACACUGCCCACUGUGUUAGCCACAUUUUGCUUUCACUUAAGGAAGAUCAGCUUUGGUUCUUGCAUGGCUCAAAUGUUUUUUAUCCACCUCUUCUCUUUCAUGGAGUCUGGGGUCCUGCUGAUUAUGAGCUUUGACUGCUAUGUGGCCAUCUGUAACCCACCACGCUAUGCCAUCAUGCUCACAGAUACCCGUGUUGUACGCAUGGGCUUGCCUGUCAUCAUCCGCAGCUUCUGCAUGGUUUUCCCACUGCCUUUCCUUCUAAAGAGGUUGCCCUUCUGCAAGGCCAAUGUACUGUCCCAUGCCUACUGUCUGCAUCCAGAUCUGAUCCUCCUUCCCUGUAGUGACAUUACCCUCAAUAAUAUUUUUGGUCUCUUCAUUGUCAUUUCUACCUUUGGCCUGGACUCUGCACUCAUUCUCCUCUCCUAUGUGCUCAUACUGUGCUCUGUACUCACCAUUGUAUCCCGGCAGGAAUGGUUAAACACACUCAGCAUGUGUGUGUCACACAUGUGUGCUGUGCUCAUCUUCUAA